AGCAACCUGCGGCCCCCCGCGGAACUCCCCAUCAGUUCCUCUCUUCUUUUCCCCGCUCGAAGAAGAGGGCUUCGCUCCUUUUCCCGGUGUUUCUUUGGAUGGGGGGCAUUUUCCACCGACGCCCUCCGCUCGCCGCCGCCGCCCCUCCCGCCUCGGAGACUCUCUUCCUUCCUUCCCCUUUUUCCUUACGCAAUAUACAGAAAUGCGCGAGGCGGUGGUUGGUUUUCAUUUCUUCUUGGUGGUUGUGUGCAUGCGGUGGGAUUGUGAGUGCGUGUGCGAGCCGUCGGCAGUGCUGACUUCUUCCGAGUGUGGUCUUCCAGGCGGAGGGUUGUGUGUCCGAGUGUGAUGGUGUCCGCGGUCUUUGGGCUGUUGAUUUGGAUUCUUCGAGCCCUCCUGCGUUUUCAUCGCUGUAUACGAUUAUGCUCGUUUUUCCUUCUCGACAAGAGUCUGGCUCUGCGUGUUGGGUUGUAUUGUGACUUUGCGACUGUAUUUGGGUGGUUUCGUUGUUGUGUCGGGCAUAUGUGAUCCUGACUACGUUAGAUAUGUGUCCAUGAACGAUUGCGUUCUGAUUUCGUUGUACCGUGUUGGCCAGUGUGCGGGCCUGACCAUGUCGGCUUGGAGGGCAGCGCUGGGUUGUGUUUACUUUGCUUCCCUUCUGUGGGGCUGGACCGUGUGUGGUCCUGUCCGUACUGGGUUGUGUGCCUGUGUGCUUGUGUCCUUUAGAAGUGUAUUUGCAGAUCGGUGGGAGGUGGAGGGGAGGGCGAGCAGGAGAUGGAACCGCAAGUUGAGGAGGCGGCAAGGGGGCGGGGAGAGGGAUUUCACAUUUUAUUCCAAAUUAUGAUGUAUUCGGAAGCCAGUGUUGGCUUGGAUGGGCAGACGGAGCCCGAUCGGCGGCUGCUCUGUCCAGAGGCCGGUCCGUGCCUCGGUGUUCGAGGGGUUUGUUAGGGAGUGGGAGGUUCUUCCAGGCUCGAAGCUGAGCAGCGCUCGCCGAGGCCCGCGCCUUCACGCCGGUAGCCGCUGGCUUCGGUUUCCGCCGCACCCAGGCUUCAUCCAUUUCUGACUGCCCAGGACCACACCGUGGCCUAACUGCUGGUCUCUCAGCGAGAGAGGGGAAAAGCAAAGAUCCCCGUCCGCAGCUUGGACCUUGGCUCCCGCCCCUCUCCAGCGGCGGAGUGGAGAUCCUAUUCAGAGGGGCCGGUUUCUCUAAAUAUGCCCCAGGAUGACGGAGCGGCCGCCCAGCGAGGCGGCCCACAGUGACCCCCCGCUCGAGGGACGGGACGCGGCCGCGGCCGAGGCCCGCAUGGCCCCCCCGCACCUGGUACUGCUGAACGGCGUCGCCAAGGAGACGAGCCGCGCGGCCCCCGCGGAGCCCCCGGUCAUCGAGCUGGGCGCGCGCAGCGGUCCGGGGGGCGGCCCCGCCGGUGGGGGCGGCGCCGCGCGGGACUUAAAGGGCCGCGACGCGGCGGCGGCGGCCGAAGCGCGCCAUCGGGUGCCCACCACGGAGCUGUGCAGACCUCCCGGGCCCGCGCCCGCCUCGGCCCCUGCGGAGCUGCCCGGCGACGGCCGCAUGGUGCAGCUGAGCCCGCCCGCGCUGGCGGCCCCCGCCGCCCCCGGCCGCGCGCUGCUCUACAGCCUCAGCCAGCCGCUGGCCUCCCUCGGCAGUGGGUUCUUUGGGGAGCCAGAUGCCUUCCCUAUGUUUGCCACCAACAACCGAGUGAAGAGGAGACCCUCCCCUUAUGAGAUGGAGAUUACUGAUGGUCCCCACACCAAAGUAGUGCGACGCAUCUUCACCAACAGCCGAGAACGAUGGCGGCAGCAGAAUGUGAAUGGGGCCUUUGCUGAGCUCCGCAAGCUGAUCCCCACACAUCCCCCAGACAAGAAGCUUAGCAAGAACGAGAUCCUCCGCUUGGCCAUGAAGUACAUCAACUUCCUGGCCAAGCUGCUCAAUGACCAGGAGGAGGAGGGUACCCAGCGGGCCAAGCCUGGCAAGGACCCUGUGGUGGGGGUUGGUGGUGGAGGCGGUGGGGGAGGGGGCGGUGCACCUCCUGAUGACCUCCUGCAGGACGUGCUGUCCCCGAACUCCAGCUGCGGCAGCUCGCUGGAUGGGGCGGCCAGCCCGGACAGCUACACCGAAGAGCCGGCCCCCAAGCACACAGCCCGCAGCCUCCACCCCGCCAUGCUGCCAGCCGCUGAUGGAGCAGGUCCUCGGUGAUGGGGCCGGGGCUGUUCAGGACCAGCCGGGAGGGCAUCCUCAGGCCGCCGGGCCCAUGGGCUUCAGGGCAGGUGGGGUGAGGAUCGGGCAGCUCUGAAGCAGGGCAACGGACUCGAUGAGCUUUCCUUGGUGUCUGAACUUGGCGGAGCUCUAACUGUCCCCGGGGCAGCUUCCCUGACUCCUGCCUCAGUGGGAGAACAGAAAAAUGGAGCAAAGUGGUAGGUACUUUUUAUGAAGACGGCACGGUCUUCCCCCUUCCCCCAAUCCCUAAGACUUCUCCAGUAAGAAGCUGGACUGACACUGCUUUUGGCCUGGAGCUUAGGGGCCUUGUCUUUGCCAAGACCUGGGGUUAUCAGCUCUCCCCAGCAGCAUCCAGCAGCCUCUGCCUUGCCUUUAGCCCCUCCCAAGCUGGCUGGUGUGGCUUGUGUGGCCACUCUGUCCAAAUAUGUAGGUACCCAGUCGCCGCCCAUUUCUGGGUGAGCCCCAUCUUCACCCAGGCCCAUGUCGGUUCACCCAGCUUGCCAGCUGCUGUAGACAGUCACAAGCCUCGAGGUGCCUUCUACAGGGUCUGGUUGAAGAAGAUGGCCAGUGGACAGCCUGCUCUCAACUAGCUGGGCCAGAGGGUCAGAAAACCCAGUAGCCCUUACUGCUUGCCCCGGGGAUCAAAGCUCUGCUUUCUCCCCACUGAGACUUGCCUUCCUAAUCCUUGCGGGGACUGAGUCUGUAGCUGAGAGCAUGCCUUGGCAGGCCUCAUGAAGGCAGAGAGAGGGAGAAUGGUGAGUGUGACAUUGAACCAGAGCUCUUUGGGGCUUUGGGUUCGAAUCCUGGCGGUGUCUCAGAGCAGCCUGCCUGUACUCUCCACUCCCCGCCGCUGUUCUGGUGGCGAGCCAAUGGCUGUGUGCCGAUGGCCCU